AGAUAAACAACCCCUGACAACAAACACAGCAAACAUCGCCGAUAACCGCUCCGCCCUGUUGGUCUAUCGACAACUCCCUACGGAAUAUGAUACGCUGAUCAUCAUCACAUAGAGCUUGAACUUUCAUACAACCCACCAAACUCAGACCAUGGUCCCAGGGCCACCAGCAGGAUGCCCUUUUCGCUAUCCAAGCUAGCCACCCCGGCCGUGGCCACCCUAAUCAGCUUUCUGGCCUAUAGCUCGCAGUACUUCUUGCACAAUUUCCAGCCGGCGCCUCUACGGUCGUCGGAACUCUGGCGCCUGAAUUUUCUGACUGUGUGCAUCUGGAUCUGCUACUACCGGACCUGCACCGUUGACCCGGGCCAGAUUCCACGGGACUGGAAGCCUGCGUCGUUGAGUGAGGAGCAGCAGCAGCAGCAGCAGCAGCAGCAGCAGCAGCAGCAGCAGCAGCAGGGGAACCAGCAACGCAACCGUCCAAAUCAACAACACCGAUGGUGUCGUAAAUGCGAAGCAUACAAGCCGCCGCGGGCGCAUCACUGCCGGAGUUGUCAAAGAUGCAUUCCGAAAAUGGACCACCACUGCCCAUGGACAGCGAACUGCGUCUCGCACUUCACAUUCCCGCACUUCGUGCGGUUCUUGUUCUACGCAGUCGCCGGGAUGGGGUACCUGGAGAGCAUGCUCUUCGAGCGGGCAUCGAUGAUCUGGGCGCGGAGGAAGAUGCCGAGUUAUCUAGGUCCCACGGCGCCACAACUCGCGCACCUCUUCAUACUAUUCACCCUCAACAGCCUAACACUCUUCAUGCUUUCCAUCCUCCUAAUCCGCACCAUCUGGUCCAUGGCGCUCAACACAACAACAAUAGAGGAGUGGGAGAUUGAGCGCCACCGCACGCUGCUCCGCCGCGCCCGCCACUUCGGCGGGUAUCUCCAGGGGCCCGGGGGCGUGCGCGUGCGCAUCAGGAAGCAGGAGUUUCCGUACGAUGUGGGGAUUUGGGCGAAUGUUCGGGCUGGGAUGGGUGGGAGUGCUAACAUCCUAAGCUGGUUCUGGCCGCUCGCGAGCUCGCCAGAUCGCAGAACGGGGCUGGAGUUCGAGGUUAAUGGGUUUGAAGACCCAUCCCUCACAUGGCCGCCCCCCGACCCGGACCGUAUCCCCUGGAAAGCUACCCCUUACCCCGGUGGCAGUGGCAGUAGUGCAUCACGUCCCGGGACCAACCAAACCCUUUCCACCCGACUGCAGAACCAAAAAGUCCGGCGGCGCAAGCGGUUCCAUGAGCGCUUUGAUCAGGACCUCGGUAACGAUAACGGUAGCAACAGCGACAGCGGCAGCGAUCACGAUAGCUCUAAACACAGCAGCAGAAGCAGUAGUAGCGAGCCGCUGGAGGACGCGGACGGCGAGGAAGCCUGGCGGAAUGCGGAGGGCGAGCGGCUGCGGGACUUCGGCGUGGAGGAGGAGGUUGAGUUCUACGAUGAGGAGGAUAUUCCGUUGGCGGUUUUGAUGGAGCGGCGGGGGAGGAGAAGGGGAGGGUCAUGAUGUUUCGG